GUUCGCACUGCAAUACAGCAACCAGGUUUUAUAAGGGUGAAAAGGGGUUAUAAGCCUCUUAAAGUCGAAAACUUAGUCCACAACAUUGCACCUCACGAUGAUCCUACAGAUCCCUUCUUUGGACUACAGUGGUAUCUUAAAAAUACUGGUCAAAAUGGGGGUAAACCAAAAUUAGACUUAAAUGUUGAAGCAGCUUGGGCACAAGGAGUUACUGGAAAAAAUGUCACCACAGCCAUUAUGGACGAUGGGGUCGACUAUAUGCAUCCCGAUUUGAGAUUUAAUUAC